AUGGCCAAGACUAACGCUGCCGUCAACCAGAGCGCGGUGACGGUCGGGCUAGAGGCUCUCAGAAACAACGACGUCGACUUUUCCGUGCUCGAGGAAGCCUUUGGGCCUUCGAGCCUGGGCAUUAUUGUGGUGAAGGAUCUUCCUUCCAAGUUCCAUGAUCUGCGACACAGGCUGUUGUCGUAUGCAUCUGCGCUGGGGAACUUGCCUCAGGACGAAUUAGCAAAGCUCGAGUCGCCUGGGUCCAAGUGGCUAGUUGGAUGGUCGUGCGGGAAAGAGACGCUCAAAGACGGCAAAUACGACACGCUCAAAGGAUCCUACUACGUCAACUGCGCGCGUGGAUUUGAAGCGCAGCAGCAGACGGUGGCGGAAAAGUACCCAUCGUUCCCCGAGUACACGGCUCCCAACGUGUGGCCGUCGGAGCAGGUGCUGCCAGGUUUCGAGGCGACGUUCCGCGAGCUGUGUAUUCUAAUCAUAGACAUUGCGGCAUUGGUGGCUAGGGCAUGCGACAGAUACGCCGAAGCCAACAUCGAGGGGUACCAAGCGGGCUAUCUGGAGCAUGUUGUGCAGACAAGCGUUUCUACCAAAGCCAGGCUACUGCAUUACUUCCCCGCGCCAGGCUCGGAUGUGCCGGGCGGUGGUGCUGAAACUGGGAAUGGUGACGAGGACGACUGGUGUGCUACACACAUCGACCAUGGCUGUCUGACCGGGCUGACGUCGGCCAUGUUUGUCGACGAAGCAGCCCAGGCGCCGCAGAGCGGGACGCUGUUCAAGCCGCUGGGGGAGCUUGAGCGGCCGCCCGACGCCAAAGCUGGCCUGUACAUCCACUCGCGCACGGGUGCCGUGACCAAGGUGGGCAUUCCACGUGAGUGUCUGGCGUUCCAGACGGGCGAGGCGCUGGAGAUCAUCACAAAGGGCAAGUUCAAGGCGGUGCCUCAUUUUGUGCGGGGGGCGACGGGCGGCAGCGGGGGGAGCGUGGCUCGGAACACCUUGGCCGUGUUUACGCAGCCGAAUCUGUGGGAAAGGGUCGACGAGCAGAGGGACUUUGCAGCUUUUGCCAAGGAGAUUGUUGAGAAGAAUCACUAG